AUGAGUGGAAAUAAUAUUAAGGUUGUUGUACGCUGUAGACCAUUAAAUUCAAGAGAAAAAGCACGAGGCGCACAAUGUCUUAUUCGAAUGGAAGGAAAUAAAACAAUCUUAAGUAAACCAGCCACAUCUGGCUCUAAAGUAUUAGAAGAACCAAAGGCAUUUACUUUUGAUCAAUCGUAUUGGUCGGCAGAUAAAGAUGAUAUUGACUAUGCAGAUCAAGAAAAGGUCUUUAAUGAUCUCGGAAAAGACUUAUUAGACCAUGCUUUUAAUGGCUAUAACUGUUGUAUUUUUGCAUAUGGACAAACUGGUUCGGGUAAAUCAUACUCUAUGGUGGGUUACGGUGAAGAUAAAGGUAUUACACCGAGGACUUGCUUAGAGCUAUUCGAAAGAAUCAAAUCAAAAAAGUCAGAUACAUUGGAUUUUCAAGUUGAAGUUUCCUAUAUUGAAAUUUAUAAUGAAAAAGUACGAGAUCUUCUUAAUCCACGCAAUAAAAAUAAUUUAAAAGUUCGAGAACAUCCAGUAUUGGGUCCUUAUGUACAGAAUCUUUCUCGUCUUGCAGUCAAUUCAUUUGAAAAGAUUGAACAGCUUAUGGAUGAAGGUAAUAAGGCGAGAACUGUAGCUGCUACCAAUAUGAAUGAAACCUCCUCUCGAUCCCAUGCUGUAUUCACUAUUUUUCUUACUCAAAAGGUAUUAGAUCCUUCAACAAAACAAACAACCGAGAAAGUGGCUCGUAUUAGUUUAGUGGAUUUAGCGGGUAGUGAACGCGCUAACAGUACAGGGGCAACAGGUGUUCGGUUAAAAGAAGGUGCAAAUAUUAACAAAUCAUUAACAACACUUGGUAAAGUCAUUGCAGGACUUGCUGAACAAGCUUCAGCCAAUGAGAAUGGCAAAAAAAAUUCAUCUAAUAAAAAACCCAGAGAAACGUUUAUUCCUUAUCGUGAUUCUGUCUUGACUUGGCUUUUAAAGGAUUCUUUAGGAGGUAAUUCAAAGACUUGCAUGAUUGCAGCUAUUUCACCUGCUGAUUAUGAUGAGACUUUGAGUACAUUAAGAUAUGCAGAUCAAGCAAAGAAGAUUAAGACAAAGGCAGUUGUAAAUGAAGAUCCAAAUGUGAAAUUGAUGAGAGAACUAAAGGAUGAAGUCGAAGCAUUAAGACAAGCACUGAUGGUUUAUGCACCUGAAGAGGUUGAAAAAAUUCAAGCUAUCACACAUCCUACAAAGACAACCAAACGACCUUCCUCAACAGCGUCUCGUCCCUCAGUCCCCACCUCUAGCUUGAACUCAACUGUCGUAUUUACAGAUGCAUCAGGUAAUACAGUCCAAUUAACAAAAAGUGAAAUGGUCGAGCAACUACAGUCAACUGAAAAACUAUUAAACGAAUUAAAUCAAACAUGGGAAGAAAAACUUCACAAGACUGAACAAAUUCAUAUCGAAAGGGAAAAGUCUUUAAAGAACUUAGGCAUUACAAUUGAAAAGAACCAAGUAGGAUUAUAUACACCUAAAGAGACUCCUUACUUGAUCAACUUGAAUGAAGACCCGCUCAUGUCUGAAUGUCUCAUGUACAACAUUAUGCCUGGAAUAACGUACGUUGACCAAUUCGUUGCAGAUGAAUCUGAAAAACUUGAAGAAAGAACAGACGGUAGCAAAUCAAUUCGACUCAGUGGCUCUAAUAUCAACAAAGAUCAUUGCUAUUUUGAAAAUAAAGAGGAUUGUGUCACUUUAUAUCCUCGUGCUAAUUGCAUAGUCAUGGUCAAUGGUAGACGUAUCGCUGAACCAAAGAGACUCAAAAGUGGAUAUCGUAUUAUCUUGGGUGAUCAUCAUGUUUUCCGAUUCAAUAAUCCUGGAGAGGCACUAAAAGAACGAGAGACGGUUCAACAAAGACCAGAAUCAAAUGAGACUGGUAAUCGUUCAGAUGCAACUCCAUCCCUUGUAUGUGAUGAUGGAGAACUUGAUGUGCCUUCUCCUCCUCCAGGAACUGAAUUAAUGGAUUGGAAUUUUGCAAGACGUGAGGCAGUACUGAAUAGUUAUAUCCAUGAUUCCAACCUUGACCGUUUGACAAACGAAGAUCUUGAUAAAUUGUUUGACGAUGUCGCCAAAGUGCGUAUCAUUCGAAAGCGACAGUCAGCAUCGUCUGAUACACUUUCACGUCAUACUUCUUCUUCUUCCUCAUUACGCAAGAGUUGUUAUUCCACAAAUGCUUUGUCGAUGUUUUUAGAUGAUGCUAUCGAUGGCUAUUACACAACUGACACCAGUACCAUCUCUUCUUCUUUUUCAUCCACAUCCUCACUUAGUGAUUUAAUAUCUCAUAAAGAUAGUCAAGAGCUUCAAUUUGGUAAAAGACCUCAGUCUCGAUUACGUCGCAUGUCGCGUGCACUUUCCUUUAAUUCACAGACAUCGUCAUCAUCACUACCACUACCACUACCGCCACUCACGUUUACAUCUGAAGAGCAAGUGCUUGCAACAAAAGUGAUUCAUCGUUGGAAACGCCAAAGGAAUAUUGCGAUGGCGAAAACGAUAUUAAUGCAUGAUGUUUAUGUUCUACAAGCUAAUCAUUUAGCAGUUAAAUUAAACAAGGACGUCUUUUAUAGAUUUGCUGUUGUUCAUGACACGAACUCUGUCACUGCUGUGUCCAAUUGGGAAACGAGUCAACCACAAAAAUCGUCCCCCUUGGACAUCGAUUUAAUCCGUGCAUCAAAACCAUGUAUUGCUAUACAAGUGAUCGAUAGAAAGCAUGGCUCCAUUUAUUUAUGGUCAAUUGAGAAAUUUAUGGCACGUCUUCGAUAUCUGGAGGGCGCUUACUAUUACGCCUCCGAUUACAAGAAAUAUCUCAGGGGGGACGAUUUGUUUUAUGAAUCUACAAAAUUGAAUGAUAAUUAUUAUAGCCUUGUAGGGUUAGCUAAAGUUCCACUUCAAAAUUUGACAACUCAAGUUCCAGUAGAGAGUAAACUAUCUGUUCACUGUCACGAUACAGGAAAGCUAAUGGGUUAUAUACAUGUUUUAAUUGCUCCUAUUGCAAGAUCAGUUCGACAUCCUUAUCGUAGUCACAGUAACAGUACAUUAGCAUCUUCCUCAAAGGUGAAAGAAGAUACUUCCUCUACUAAAGAUGAGCCAGUUGUCUUUUUCGAUGAUGAGGAUCCUCGCAACUUAUUACAUGUAGGGCAACAACUUGUCUUUGAAAUUGCAAUGAUCAAGUUGACUGACUUUGAUUCCGACAUGUUCUCACAAUUGCAUGCUCAAUUUAGAUUAUCCACAUUUGGUAGUCAUCUAGAUGGUGUCUUUGCGACAGAGGUGGCCAACUGCGACCUAUUGACUAACAAACAAAGUAUUAUCUUUAAUUAUCACCAAACGUUAUCAAUGGCUAUUACAGAAGAAGUUUUAAAUAUAAUUAAGACUAAAGAGAUUGUUUUCGAAGUAUAUGGCAAACCUUGUAGAAAAUAUCUGGAGGCCUUAUCCACACAUAGAGAUGAUGUGAAUAAGACUAUAAUAACGCCUAAUUUAUCGAGUAAAAAAUCUGAAGAUGUGAUUGCACAUAUUCAAAUAUGCGAACUUGCAUCUGAUGGAGAUUACAAGCCUGUGCCUGUUGAAACAGUUAAUUAUUACUCUAGUAGUAGUAGUAGUAGUACGACAUCUGAUACAGUUAUUUUAGGACAAUACGAUACAUUUUCAUUACAACAAGGUCAUCAACGUCGUAUCAUCAUUUCCCUCCAGAGUUCUGCAUCCUUUGAUAAGAUAAUCGAUAUGCGAAUUGGACAUGUUCGAUUGCUUGAUAGUAAUAAACAUCGUAUCUUGAAUGAAAAUGCAACAGAUGAUGUCAUUAUCUUGAACAUGAUUUCAACGACACGAGGUACAGAUGGCAGUUGUAUAGCACAGGCCUCUUGGGAUAGCUCACUCCAUGAUACAAAAUUUUUAAAUGCUGUGACAACACCUAAUCAUAAAGUUGGACUCACUUUGACUUGGUUUGUAAGACAAAAGAGCCUAUUAAACGGUAGUGAAGUAGAUACGACGAUUCGAUUUGAAAGAGACAUCUUUGUUCAUAUCAAAGAUCAAACUAAAGCAACUCUAUUAAAAAAGAAAAUCAAUAUGGUUACUCAACAACAAAAUAAACGAUUAUCUGGAGGAAAUAAUAAUAAUAAUAGUAUCUUUCAUUUUUUUUCAGCAUUCAAAUCAUCGCCUGUGAUGAAAAGCCAAGUUAUGAGUCUAUAUACGAUUGAAUAUCAGCCUGAAUUGAUAGGUGAUUUACAUGGCCUGUUGGCAGAUUCAAGUCAGUUGCUGAUGGAAUAUGAGCAAGCAAGACAAAAGAUGAUUCAAAGAGAAGAAAGAGAUGUUGUGAGAUAUAAAGUAUUUUUGAUGCAACAAUUAGAGCGACUCUGUGGAAGUGUGAGAGAUGAAGAAAAGAAGGGAUCAUUGGAGACUGUAUUGAAGUUGUGGAAAAGUCAAGAUAGAUCGAUAGUUAGUAAUAAGAAUGAUAUUAUGAGAUCUCCUGUCGUUGUUCGUCGUUGGAUACCUAAAGUACAACAAAUUCUAAUCCCCAUGAUGAUGACAGAUAAUAAUAAGCAAAAGUCCUUCAAACGAGGCUUUCUUAUGCAUAAAAGUGAUCAUGAUACAUGGGAUAAAUAUUGGUGUUUAUUAAUAGGAUGUUUCAUGUUUUUGUAUACUGAUCAAUCCGAGACUAAUGAAAUUGAUAUUCUCCACAUUAGAAAAGUAUAUAAAGAUGAGAAUUUGAUGAAUUCUAAGACUACCUUUAUUAUUGAUACCCUCUAUGAUUCACAUACCUUUCAAGUACCCAAUAAUACAAAUAUGACUGAAUGGCUUACGUUUAUGAAUUCCUUUUAA